AUGGGAUUGGAUCCACCUGCUACCACGACAACUACGACAGCGGCGCCAGAGUUGCGAAUCCGGAGAUAUUUCCGCCAAGGUACACUUCGAAAUGCGGAAAGGACUCUCCCAAAGAUGGACCCAAUUAUCAACACUGAAAUGGUGCAAAGCAAAGUGGCGUCGAAUACAGACUGUUUCUCUCGUCUGCCUUUGGAACUUCGCUUAAUGGUCGCGUGCCUUCUACCCACGAGCGACAUGCUGCACUUGACACUUGCCUCACGAGCCAUGGCGCCCAUUUUUCGCAUUGAAAGCUUCUGGAAAUCUCGCUUUGAGCUCUCCAUGGAGCGAGGCUAUCUGCGUUUCCUCAGGCGUGAGAAUUUCACGAAGUGGAUGAUGGCAUACCACUGUUCCAAGAGACCUGCCCGAUCAAAUGAGCCUCGUCGUCGGAUGACUGACCAAUGGAUUCGCUACGAGUGGGCUCGUGACCAAUAUUUCAUAAGCCCAGAUCUGGCUCCUAGUACCACAAGUACAGAUCGUUCGACAUCGCUUGAUUGGAAGAUAGUGAAGGAUGUCAAUUAUCAGGCAACUGGCAUGAAUCAAAGAUGGAUAAUACAUUCAGCCAAGCCCAUCAGAUCGCGUGAAUCUAGGACCCAGACCAUCACGGUCGAUACUUCUGCAGAUAUGUUGGGCCUUGCAGUAUUCGUUUACUCUGAGGGCAUAUGGACGACGAUUACCGGGUUCGAGCUUAUCUACGGCCCCGGCAAACCAAACGUGAAAUUUGGCUACCAACUUCCGGAACGUCAGGUUACGAUUGACCUGAAGGGCAAGAGUUUGAGAGGGUUUGAAGUAAAAGCUGGCACGGGGUGCAUUCGUGCAAUUCGGCCGAUCAUUCUUCACACCCCUGAAGCGGCGUACCAAUGGAUUGGCAAUCCCCGUAGUCACAGGUGCUGGUCAUUUCGCCUUGUUGUCGGUGGACGGGUAGCAGCGCUCACUGGUGAAUUUUCUGUAAGUCAAAGAGCUGAUCAUUGUUGA